AUGGAGAGGAUCUUCGAGGUGCUUCGAUGUGUGAACGAAGACAAAAUUAGGUGUGUUGCCUUCCAAUUUAGAGGCGAGGCUGAUUCUUGGUGGCAAUCCACUAAAGAUAACUUCAGGCAACUGCAUCCCAACCCUACAUGGGAUCAGUUCACGGAGACUUUCCUAGGAAACUACUUUCCUCAGAGCUUUCGCGAUCAGAAGGAGGCUGAGUUCAUGAGCCUGACCCAGGGGCCCAAGUCAGUCCUUCAGUACCAGCAGAUUUUUGAAGAGCUCUUCUAUUUUGCUCCCGUGCAUAUGAAGCCUGAUGCCGUCAAGGCCAGGAAAUUUGAGAAGGGGCUGAGACCCAGUAUUAUCACAUCAGUGGUAUUGCACAAUCUCCCCUCUUAUGCAGAAGUGGUCCAGGCCACCAAAGUGAUUGAGGACAAACAGCGAGAGAACUACCGUGCUCUCAAGAUGGCACGUCAGAGGCCAAUGGCAUUCACAGAUUCUAGGGGACCAAGCGAGGCACAGGAGAGGCAAUACGUCGGCUCAACUUCAAUACAGAGCAGCACAACAGAAGUGGACCCGACAUUUCAGUCACCCCCACCUAUGGUGACACCUUUGUCGUAUGGACCUAACAUUCGUUGCUACACUUGCCACGAGUUGGGGCACAUGUCCAGGAGUUGUACGCAAUGCGAGUCUGUGAAUAUACCGUAUGUACGCCAUAACUGUAAUCAGCUGGGUCAUAAGUUCAGGAGUUGCCCACAAGGAUAA